AUGGAUUUAAAAUGUGAAACAAAUAAUGAAACCCAAACACAUUCUCAGGUUAUACAAAAAGAAAACAUAACCGAGGAUAUUCAAUCUGAAUCCAGUGAUAAUAAACUUCAAAAUAUUCCUGAGAAUUUGGAAAAUCCUAAAGAAUCCUCUAACAUUGAUAACACUCCAGACUUAGAAAACAAACACAACACCUUAGAAAAUUCUGAUCAUACUAAAUCAAAUUCCAUACAGCAAUCAAAUGAACAAGUCCAAAUAAAUCAAAAUGAUGAAGAAGCAAUAAAUUCGAAAGUUGAAAAAAAUGACAACUUUGAGGAUGACAGUUUUUUUAAUAACUUUUCAGAUUUUCAAAAAGCUGAAGAAAAAAAUGAACAACAAAAAAACACACUAAUAGAUAUAUACAAUGAAAUGAAAAAUUAUGAAAAAGAUUUUUUAAAUACUUUUGAAAAGUUAUAUAAACCAAAUAUAGAAAAUAUAUCUUUUAUGGAAAAAGAAAAGGAAAAGGAAACAGAAUGUGAUAUCGAUUUUACAUCUAUUGAUUCUAUUUCUACAUUUUUAAAUGAUGAACAUAUUCAUAACUUUAAUCCUAUACCUCUUGAAAAUUAUAUUAGUCAAAAUAUAAACUAUUUUAUUCAAGAACAAAUGAAAUUAAAUAAAAAAAUUAAAUUAAAUAAAAGCCAUUUUAAUAAUAACAAUUAUUACAACACCUUUCCUUCAAACCCCAAACAAAAAAUAUUUAAGGAAUAUAAAAAAACAAUAUGGAAGUAG